AUGAACCGCAGAGUAUAAAAAUAAGAUGAAUCUUGUGGAGAGAUAAAAAUUAUCAAAACAUCAUGGAAUACUAAAGAAGAUAAUUUACUCAAAAAAGGAAUCAGAAUUUGUGGAAUGAAUUGGAUAGCAAUUGCUUAAUACGUACCUAAUAGAAAUCCUAACUAAUGUGCUUAAAGAUGGAAGAGACUCCAAGGACAGAGGAGUAGAACCAAUUAAUUUUGGAAACCUGAGGAAGAUUAAUUACUAUUAUAGCUUAUUACUUAAUUAGGCAAAUAGUGGUCGAAAAUAGCGUAGAUAUUCAAAAACAGAAACAGUAAGCAAUGUAGAAAUCGCUACAUUAAUGCUCUUGAUCCAAAUUUAAAACAAAAUAGCUUCACCAAAGAAGAAGACCAAUUAAUCUAUGAAAAGUAUUUAGAAUAUGGAUCUAAGUGGUCACAAAUAUCUAAAUUUCUUGAGGGUAGAUCGGAUAAUUAAAUCAAGAAUAGGUUCUAUAACAAUAUAAGGAGUUAGUACCUCCAAGUUGAGAACCCCUAUUACUCAAAAUAAACUGAUUAUCAAACAAAAGAGCUACUAGAUCAAGCUAGAGAAGAGCAUCUUCGAAUUAAUGGAUUUAUUUAAAAGGAAAAAAUAAUGGAAGAUUAGAAUGACUAUUUAACAAAGGAGGAAGAUAUAUCGAAAUAUAUAAAUGAAUAAAAUUACUCAAAUCUUGAUUAGGAAUUUUAAUCUAACAUAGAUUUCGAAUAUUUGAGUAGAAGCCAAGAUAAUAUAUUUUGA